GCGAGGCACGCUUCGUGCGCAGUCGAAGCUCGCACCUUUUGGGGGCGUUCAUCCGGGCGAAGUGAGGCCGAGACCGUUUUUACGAGGCGCGAAGACCCCAGUGGCCUGGGUAAGGGCCCAGCCUGGCCUGGGAAAGCCUUGAGUUUGAGGCUAUCAUUUGGAAGCAAUGAGUUUAAAACCCUUCACCUACCCGUUUCCAGAGACGAGAUUUCUUCACGCAGGACCCAAUGUUUAUAAAUUCAAAAUUAGAUAUGGCAACAUCAUCAGAGGGGAAGAGAUAGAAGAUAAGGAAGUCAUCCUCAAGGAGCUGGAGGAUUCUAUUCGUGUGGUCUUGGGAAACUUGGACAACCUGCAGCCAUUUGCUACAGAACACUUCAUUAUAUUUCCCUAUAAAAGCAAAUGGGAGAGAGUGUCCCACUUGAAAUUCAAACAUGGGGAAAUCGUCUUGGUCCCCUAUCCAUUUGUUUUCACUCUGUAUGUGGAGAUGAAACGGUUUCAUGAAAACCUGUCACCUGGGAAACCAAUAAAUGGCAGGCCUCUUGGAUUGGUGCCGGUGGAGAGGAGAGCAGCAGGAGCCGUAAUGAGGAAACGAGCACGAGUGGAAGUACCCAGCCCCCCGCGCCGGCCAGGGCUGGACAGGGCCAAGAUGGGGAUUUCCAGCCAAGGCCCCAGCAAAAAGAGGCCCCUUAUGGAAACCAGGAGGAACAGGGAAAGAAAAAGCCAGCAGGAAUGGCAGGAGACCCCAGCAUCUGAUAUCACUAACGUUCAAGAACAGGAUUCUAGGUUGGUGGACAGUCUGUCAGGGCAGGUCAUGCCCCCAUCGCAGCAAAACAAUCCUCCUCCACCUGAAGGACCCGCAGAUCUGGGAACCAGUGGCUUCUUUGGGUUUCUAAGCUCUCUCUUCCCGUUUCGCUAUUUCUUCGGAAAGAGCAGCCGGUGAGCCUUCCAGACGCAGCCGUGGAAAGUGUCCUCUUGCAGUGACUCUUCCCAUCCCGUCCUCUGUUGUGUGACAUUUCAGUCAAGGGGGAUGCGGGCCCCAAACUCCCUGAGUCCCCUUGUGGGUUUGUCCUGUCCUUUGCCUCUUCACAGUGGAUUUCUUUCUUUCUUUCUUUCUUUUUUUUUUUUCAAUUUAAAACACUAAGAAAAGAAUAGAAUUUCCUAAAAUGUUCUAGUCUGAGAAUUGUACUGCUCUGAGGGCCAGUUUGGGUCUUUCAUCUCCAGCACUUAGGAUCGUAAUGAAAAUAAAUUAUUUAUGAAGA